UCUCUCUUGCCAGGUGUGAAUGCCCUCCUCUUUAAUGUUGUUACUAAAAAUACUGGGUAGAAACACCCAGUAUGUCAACUGCCCUUCCACACCCUUUUAGCUAGUUUUCCUUCCUCCUUACUGUUAGUUAACCCUGGCAAUGUUAGAAGCAACGCUGGGACACUGCUCACACACGUCUGUCACAGAGAUAUUGCUGGAUACAGAUUAGUCAAGAGGAAGAUUAUCAGUAAGGAUGACUAGCGCCUGUGUGAACUGCCUGAAAUCUCUGGUGACAGCUCUGCACUUCCUCUGCUGGCUAAGCAAUGCCUUUGUGGUGGCCUUUGGUGAAUUCAUGAUGAUACACUCCAGGUUUGCCUCUCUAGUCACCACCUUCUGGCCAAUCUACCCUGCCAACACUCUGGUGGUCACUGGUACCAUCGCCACCUGUGUGUGCUACUUGGGAGUGGUUGGAGGCAUGAGGGAGAGCCGCUGCAUGCUCAUAAGCUUUUAUGUCCUGCUGUCCUUCCUAAUAUCUGUGGAGCUGGCCAUGGCCUGUGUGUUUUUUGUCUACAACAGAGAGAUUGGCACCUACUUUGAGAAAGACCUGAUGUACAGCUUGGAGAUCUACAAGCUAUCAGGUCCAGGAGAAAAUCAGACACUGAAAGAUGACUUUGAUGCUGUCCAGUAUCUGUUUAAGUGCUGUGGAGUCCACGGUGUGGCUGACUGGGGGGGAAACGUUCCAAUAUCCUGUUGUACUCUGGACCCUUGUAACGUCGCUGAUCAGCCCAACUGGCAAGAGGGUUGUGUUGGGAAACUGCAGGACUGGUUUGCCAGAAACUACCUAAGCACAGCGGCAGGAGUGGUCUCCAUGUUUAUCUUACAGUUUCUUUGCAUGUCUAUCACCCUCCCUCUCUUUUGCUGCUUUGCUGUACAUGGACAGGGUUACUGAAAAAGGUCCAGAGGAACUGUACCUGCAAUUCACAGAUACUUUCCACAUGUCAAGAUGAUGCUUUUCCCUAUUUCAGCUUUUUAUUAAUCUGUUCUGAACACCGAAAAGCCUGCUGUUAUUUCCAUCUGUCAAAAAGGGAGCCAGUUGAUUAUCCCCAUUAAGGAUGUCAUAUGAGGUGACAGAUCAUUAAAUGUGAUACGGAGACAUGUAAUUGGAUAAAAAGUGAUGACAUGAUUAUGUUAGCACUAUUCUAACCCUGUAGGAUGUUAGAAUAGUGCUAAGAUAUUUUCUCCCAGUGAGUGCUGGGUGUUCACCACUUCACUGUAUGUUAGACUUGAUCUGUAUCUGUAACCUGGUGUGCUGUGGUAAUAAAGAAAUCACAGUUGUCUCA